AAACCUCACUGCAUUAAGCUCGUAAUAACAUAGAAGAUAUAAAGUGCCUGCAGGAUAACUUAACAAAGAUUCAGGAGCUGCACAAAUUAAAGGGUGGGUUUUGAAAUAUGGAGUUGAAGAAAGUUUUCGCAUUUGGUUUGCUUUUUGAGCUCAUAUCUCUGGCUACUGGCCUGGAUCGAAGUGAUUUCCCUUCUUCAUUUCUCUUCGGCACCGCAACUUCAUGCUAUCAGAUUGAAGGUGGAUAUCUAGAAGGCAACAAAAGUCUGAACAAUUGGGACGUCUUUACUCACAUGCCAGGAAAUAUCAAGGAUGGGAGCACUGGAGAUGUUGCUGAUGAUCACUACCACCGAUACAUGGAAGAUGUGGAGCUAAUGCAUUCCCUAGGAGUUAACUCUUAUAGAUUUUCGAUAUCAUGGUCAAGAGUAUUACCAAGAGGCAGGUUUGGAGAAAUCAAUUCGAUCGGCGUAAAAUUUUAUAACGACUUGAUCGAUGCCUUAUUGCUCAAAGGCAUUCAACCCAUUUUUACAUUGAGCCAUUAUGACAUUCCGCAAGAACUUGAAGACCGUUAUGGCGCGUGGUUGAGUUCAGAGAUAAGCGAUGAUUUUGGAUACUAUGCUGAAGUAUGUUUCAAGGCAUUUGGUGACAGAGUAAAAUACUGGAGCACAUUUAAUGAACCCAAUGAGAUGGUGAAAUACGGUUAUUUCACGGGUGAUUAUCCUCCGAAACGUUGCUCAGAACCAUUUGGUAAUUGUUCUUCUGGUAACUCUGGUUUAGAGCCAUACAUUGUUGCACAUAAUGUGAUCAUGUCUCAUGCUACCGCUGUGGAAGUGUACAAGAAGAGUUACCAGGAGAAACAAGGGAGGAUUUGAUUUGGUAUUGUGAUGUCCAUUGUAAAGUGGCUGAAACCACUUAGGGACAUACGUGACAGAUUGGCAGCUCAACGAGGUUUAGCAUAUCAAGUUGCCUGGUUUCUCGAUCCUAUAAUUCAUGGAGAUUAUCUACCCGAGAUGCGCCAAGUCGCAGGCUCAAGGUUGCCACCAAUUUCAUCGGAGGACAGGAGAAAAUUACAAUACAAAUUAGAUUUCAUCGGAUUGAAUCAUUACACAAGCGCGUAUGCAAAAGAUUGCAUGUUUUCAACAUGUAAAUUAGAUGGAAUUGAAAGUGAUGGCUAUUUUUACGUCACCGGCCGAAGAAACGGAAAACCAAUUGGAGCUCCGACAGCAAAGCCAGAUAUUUUUGUUGUCCCUGAUGGCAUGGAGAGCAUGAUCAAGUACAUCGUGCGAAGAUACGAUAAUGUUCCCAUGUUCAUCACAGAAAACGGCUAUCCACAAGGAAGCAAUACAAAUGCACCCACUGAAGAUCUACUCAAUGACAGCGAUAGGAUACGUUUUCUACAGAGCUACCUCAGUUCUUUAACUACAGCCAUGAGGAAAGGAGCAGAUGUGAGAGGCUACUUUGUUUGGUCUCUUAUCGACAAUUUCGAAUGGUUGUAUGGCUACACCUUGAGAUUCGGGCUCUAUCAUGUGAAUUACAAUACGCAAGAGAGAACUCCGAAAUUGUCGGCAAGAUGGUACAAGGAAUUUCUUGCAGGUUCAAGAAUUCAACAGAAGAUUUACGAUGGCAAGAAACCGCAAGCAUAUCUGCACUGAUCAACAAAAUUAGCAGCGAUGUAUUGGAUUGUAUAAGACUUUAUAUAUAUAUAUGGUCUUGGCUAGCUGUAACCCAGUUUAUAUAUGUAACUAUAUGUAUUACGUACGCACCAUAAAGAUGGCAAAACUUUGAAGAUUAAUAUAUUAAUUAACAAACUUAUUGGUGUGCGUGUU